CACACACACACACACACACACACACACACACACACACACACACACACACACGCACACACACACACACACACACAAAUAAGUCAUUGCAUUGUAAAGUGAAUGCGUCUACGCAAAACAAAUAACCACGAUUGUGUUUUGUGGUGAAUGCUAUCGCAUUAAGGCAGGUUUUAAACAGAGAGAGAGACAGACAGACAUGCACCACUGAGGCACAUGAACGGGAGGGGUUAACUGACCUGUGAAUAACUGCAUUGAUACCUUAUGACAUUUACCUGAUUUACAGCUAGCCUUACAAAGUCUACCUGCCACACUCACAAGUCACCUGUCCCGGUAUGCGUUAGAAGAGAUCUUCAGGGCUGGCUGCUGCUAACUGCAGAGAGCUGAAGUAGGUACCCAACACAAUGAAGAGGAUGGCUUCCCCUACUAGUCUGUUAUCAGAGAAUCAGUUCCAGUGUUCUGUCUGUCUGGAUGUGUUCACUGACCCAGUCACGACCCCAUGUGGCCACACCUUCUGCAUGGCCUGUAUCAGAGGGCUCUGGAAGAUCAGUUAUGGCUGUAAGUGCCCAACCUGUGGGAAUACCUUCACAGUUAGGCCCCAAAUUAGCAUCAACGUUGCAUUCAAAGAAAUCACCGAUCAAUUCAAGAGGAUUCAAGUUGGCGUCUCAAACCUAACUGUGGCUAAGCCUGGUGAGGUGGCCUGCGAUGUCUGUACCGGAGGGACGAUCAAGGCCCUCAAGUCCUGCUUGGUGUGUCUGACCUCUUACUGCGAGCCUCACCUGGAGCCUCACAAGAGAGUUGCUACGCUGAAGGUCCACAAACUGAUUGACCCUGUGGAGAAGUUGGAAGACAGGAUGUGUAAGAAGCACGAGAAGCUCCUGGAGUCGUUCUGUAAGACCGACCAGAUGUGUGUCUGUCAGUUCUGCACCGAGACGUGCCACAAGACUCACCACACAGUUGCUAUAGAGGAGGAGUGUGGGGAAAAGAAGGCUCAGAUAAAGAAGAUGGAGUCAGGAGUUCAGCUGAUGAUCCAGGUCAGACAGAAUAAGGUGGAGGAGAUCAAACAUUCAAUGGAACUCAGUAGGAUAACUUCUAAGAAAGAGAUGGAAGAUGGUGCACAGAUCUUCACCGCUCUGGUGAAAUCCAUCGAGAGAAGCCAGGCCGAGCUCAAUGAGGGGAUCGAGGAGAAGCAGUCAGCAGCAGAGAGGCGAGCUGAAGGGCUCGUCAAAGAGCUGGAGCAGGAAAUCACUGAGUUACAGAGGAGAAGCACUGAGCUGGAGGAGCUAUCAAUCACUGAGGACCACCUCCACCUCUUACAGAGUUUGCCAUCGCUGUGCACCACUCCACCCACCAAGGACUGGUCUGAGAUCAGUGUUGACUCUGACAUGUGUGUGGGGAAUGUGAGGAGAGCUCUAUCUCAACUAGAGGACACACUUAAGAAUGAGUUAGAGACCCUGAAAGAGAGAGAAUUUAAGAGGAUCCAGAAGUAUGCAGUGGACGUGACUUUGGACCCAGACACCGCACACCCCAACAUCGUCCUGUCCUCUGACUGCAAGCAGGCACGGCGCGGUGACAUGUUGCAGAUUCUCCCUGACAACCCCCAGCGCUUCGACCCGGUGCUUUGUAUCUUGGGGAAGAGAGGUUUCUCCAUUGGGAGGUUCUACUUUGAGGUUCAGGUGGGGGACAAGACCUACUGGGAUCUGGGCUUGGUCAGAGGGUCCGUCAACCGGAAGGGGAUGAUAACUUCGACCCCAGAGAACGGCUACUGGACCAUUAGGCUCAGAGGAGGGGAAGAGUACCGGGCCCUUGCAUCCCCCUCCAUUCUCCUCUCCCUGGGGGAGAAACCCCAGAAGGUUGGGGUGUUUGUGGAUUAUGAGGAAGGGUUAGUGUCCUUUUACGAUGUGGAGGCCAAGGCUCAUAUCUAUUCUUUUACUGGAUACUCCUUCACUGAAAGGCUCUAUCCAUUCCUCAGCCCCAGUGUUAGUGAUGAUGGUAAAAACUCAGCCCCAUUGGUCAUCUCCCCUGUCAAUCAUGAAGGUUAGGUUUCUGAUUUGCCUCUAACCAUUCCUCAGUUCCAGUAGGUGUGUUCAGCAGGACACAACGUUUUGGAACUUUCAGAUAGAAAUAUGCAAUGUAGAACACACGUGCCUCUCUGACAUGUAGAAUAACGGUUCACAUCAGCUCUAUUUAUGGCAUUUCAAUCUGCAACAUUCAACAAUAUUUGGUUAUUUAAUGUGGCACACACGACACAAUACGAAUGCAGCCAUUGUAAAAACAUAUUUUACUUGUAUUUUACCUGGUUGACUGAAAACACAUUCUCAUUUACAACAGUGACCUGGGGAAUAGUUACAGGGGAGAGAAGGUCGGAAUGAAAUGAGACAAUUGGAAGCUGGGGAUAUUUAGGUGGCAAUGAUGGUACGAGGGCCAGAUUGGACAUCGGGGUUAACACCCCUACUCUUACAAGUGCCAUGGGAUCUUUAGUGAACACAGAGAGUCAGGACACACAUUUAACGUCCAUCCAAAAGACAGCACCCUACACAUGGCAAUGUCCCAAUCACUGCCCUGGGGAAUUGGGAUCAUUUUUUUGGACCAGAGGAAAGAGUGCCUCCUACUGGACCUCUACCACCACUUACAGCAGCAUCUUUGCUCUCCCAUUCAGGGAUAAAAUAACCUUGUGAUUAAAGACAAACAAGUCGCUUAAAUGCUUUGAUUGACAUUGCACUUAAUCUUGACCAGUUGUCUACAAAUUCUAAGAAAUGUAUUGUUUUAGAUUUUUCAAUUAAACUGUCUCUGAUAAAAGUUUGCAUCAAUACUUGUCACAUUACUUAUUACGCCCUAUGUAUUAUAAUACUCAAUGGGAAUAAACAUUUUGAAUGUGCUCA